UGUGGGUCCAACGCUGCCUCGGAUUUAUUAUAGAGCAGACUAAUAUUACAAGAAACACAUGGGCACGGUCAGUCCCACUUUUUAUCCCGAGCGUCAAAGUUAAACGCUCACUGAUAAACAGAAUGAAGAGAAAAGGAGUUCGGGCUCUCCACAAAAGAAAGUAGCGACGGCGGGUUGUCUGUCCCUUAGCCGUUCUCAAGGAGGGAACCAAAAUAUCGGCGCGGUGUUUGGGAUGGUCUUUUUUUUCUCCAUGUCAAAGCAAAACGAAACGACCUUUUGUUUUGACAUUUUCAAGAAUCUAUACGGGUUAGGGCGUCUCCGAGAAGUGUUUUAAAUUGCUAACAGGGCGAGUAUGGGUGAGACAAAGGGCUCUACCCAUCGACGGCUAUUCUGGGGCACCGCAUAGCUCUCGAGAGUGCCGAGAACGACCCGCGCUCUGGACAAUAUCUGGUUUCACACAUCCAAGGGAACAAAUAUGGUGCGUCUUUUAAUUUAUUUUCCGACUCUUUGGACAUCCAGAGAACAGCCCGACAGUUGUAGGUGACAGGGAGAAAUUUAUUUGAAGGAUUUUUCGGAUGAAUAAGUGGCACGCGCAUCUCUCGCACGAGCGCAGGUGGACCUAAUGAACAGGCGCCGUAGCAAACGGAAAGAAAACGCGCAAAACCUAUCGAUAUUUCCAGCUGAAUAUUUCGUAAGUCACUUCUGCGGUUUUGUGGGGGAUUUUUCUUUUCCCGUUCGUCCAAAUUCAACUGCAGUAGGCAUGUGUGGAAUAAGGCUACUCUUUAGAGGGGCAGCGUAAUAACGGGAGGAUUUUUCUUUGGACUACUACGGUUAAUCAAUUUACACGUCACUUUCACUUGAAACCCUAUUGUCGCGUGGAUAUUCAUCGUAUUAUCGAUUGGCGUCGAGUGGAAGAAUGCCUGAAGACCUCUCCGCGGCCAAAGCCCUCUACAUGGGCAUGGAGGUGGUGAUCGCCGUGUCGUCCGUGAUAGGAAACGUGAUGGUGGUUUGGGCAGUAAAAAUUAAUAGAUCUUUGAGAGAUACUACGUUUUGCUUCAUCGUCUCUCUGGCGCUCGCGGACAUUGCGGUAGGAGCGCUGGUCAUACCGCUGGCGAUAACUAUAAGUAUCGGACUCCAGACUCACUUCUACAGCUGUCUGCUGGUGGCGUGCACUGUGCUGGUUCUGACCCAAAGUUCCAUCCUCGCCUUGCUCGCUAUAGCCAUCGACCGAUACCUGAGGGUCAAGAUCCCAACCAGUUAUAAGCGAGUGGUCACUCCCAGACGAGCUGGAGUUGCAGUGGUCGUGUGUUGGACGGUGGCCUUUAUAGUCGGCUUGACUCCCAUGCUGGGCUGGAACAAUUUACACAACCUGCAACAUAACAACAACAGCUCAAUCGGCCCUGACCUCAUUGUCACUUGCCAGUUUGAGAACGUCAUCAGCAUGGAGUACAUGGUCUACUUCAACUUCUUCGGUUGGGUGCUUCCCCCGCUGCUUUUCAUGCUCAUCAUUUACUCUGAAAUCUUUUACAUGAUCCACAAGCAGCUCAAUAAGAAGGUGUCCAGCCACUCUGAACCAAACAAGUAUUAUGACAAAGAACUGAAGCUGGCGAAGUCCCUGGCGCUAGUCCUUUUCUUGUUCGCCAUUAGCUGGCUUCCUCUGCACAUUAUGAAUUGCAUCACACUCUUCUGUCCGAAGUGUGAGAAGCCCAUGUUCCUCAUUUACAUUGCCAUUCUGCUCACGCAUGGCAAUUCUGCCGUCAACCCUAUCGUUUAUGCUUUCCGCAUCAAGAAAUUUCGUACUGCGUUCCAGCGGAUCUGGAAGCAAUACUUCUGCUGCAAAGAGGCUCCACCCCCUGAGAGCCAGCAGAGCGAGAGACUGGAUAAGAACCACUACAUCGCUGCUGCUGCCGCUAUCGCUGCUCCAGAACCUGCUUUGGAACAUAACGUCUGACUGGAUUGACAUCCCAGGAUCCUCUGAGGAGCUCGAAUAACUUCUGCUGGCUGGACGUCCAAAGCUGUCAUGUCUUGGUUUGCCUAUUCUGAAUGUAAAUCAGAGCUCAACACAGACUCUUCUGGCUGAAAUGUCCCUUUGUUGGAAUAAUGAGACAGCAUCGUCCAGAUGAGUCCAAAUUCAUUUUAAAGAUGAGAGAAAUCCUGUUAUAUGAAGCAGCCUUGAAGGAUGCUAUUAAAUCAAAUUAGUUUGACAGUACAUAUCAUACAAUGAAGUUAUAAAAACAUGAUGAAUCAAAAGAAUUGCACAUGAUUGUGUUUUGUGCAGUUUUGUGAAUGUAUGCAGAACAGAUAUCAGAGCACUCUCAGGUUCUUGAAUAUUAUUCUUGUAUUCUGAACCUCUGUGCACAAUGACAGGAAGAGGAUGUCUGAAAUAGUGACAAGGAGGUGGACAUGGGUUUUUCUUGUCCUAUUAUGGAGUGUCUCAGCACAGGUCUGUUAUUGUGAAGGACAAAAAAUGUACUGCAGGCAGCUGACAUUAGCUCACAGAUGCAGUGAGGUUCUCUUGCCUUUUAGCAAAAUUGUGUGUGUGUGUGUGUGUGUGUGUGUGUGUGUGUGUGUGUGUGUGUGUGUGUGAUUGGGUGCAUGUCAUAACCAAACUUGAAUUGUUUGAGGAUAUAUAGAUACACUGAAGUCCUAUUUAUCCUUUUUGGCAACCGGAAAACAAGCAAAAGUGCAGUCCAUAAGAGUAAAUCUCCACUGUUUUAAGAUAUUCAGGGUUAAUAAAUGAUCUAAACCAAUACUGUAUUACCUUUCAGUAUUAUAGCAGAAUUUAACUAGACUUUUUCCAGAAUCAUAAUCAGUUUUAAAAUAAAAAUAUGCUACACUACUGUGUAUAUUUUGUCUUUUUGGGUAAAGUAACUUAAAGGUAUGUAAUUUUUGGGAUCAUAAAAUGCUUUCUUCUGUCCCAAGUAAAGUCAUGUGUUGGUUGACUUCCCUGAAAGGUUUAAACACUGGCUCUGAGGCGCCAUCAAAACAUUGCUCUGUUUGUUUGAGCAUCCUGACCAGCUUGACACUGACAUCCUGACCAUGAGUUUGGGACGCCAAUUGCACAUGGGGGAGUCUUAGGGAAUUAUUUUUGCAAUUCCAUUUGGUCACUCUAGUAAUAAUUACACACUUCACUUGUCACACUAGCGUGGAUUUUUUUUGAUCUCACACGCGAAUGAAAUACCAGGUCUGUACUGACAUCAAAGUUCAACAUGUAUCUAAUCUGUACAUAUGUUAUGCACUCUGUCCAAGUACAUUAUGUUCAAAAUUGUUAAACAUACAGUUGUCGAAUUACAAUCAUUUGUACAUUAAAUAUUUAAGUAAAUGGGAACAAUGGGCUAAUACAUUUUGCCAUCUUGUUUUUUCUUCACUUCAGUAGACAAACAGAGUGAAUGAGGAGCUGGGAGCUUCCUGUCCCUGAACCCCAUGCAGUUCUCAAUGUGAUCGAAAACAGGAAAUAUCAUUUUACUAUCAAUGGAAGUACUUUAUCAUCAUUCAUAAUCUUUCAUCAUCUUUACUGUCAGCAUAUUUGCCUUACUCUAGCUGUUGGUAUCAGCCUUUGCUUGUCUCAUACUAAUAUAAGACAAUAAAAAUCUAA